AUGGGCCCACGAUUCCCGCCCGCUGCUGCCCGUAGACCCGUCCGUCGCAUCUUGCACGUGGCGAACGCGCCAGCGGGCCUCCGCGGUCGCUGUGAGGGGGGAGAGGGAAGAGGGGAUGGGAGUGGCGGCGGAACGCUGUGGGGGGAGAGGGAAGAGGGGAUGGGAGUGAAGGCAGAACGCUGGGGUGUGAGUGGUGAGAGUUCAUCUGCAGCAUCAGCCGCCUCCUCCUCCUCCUCUCAUCCCCUACCACAUACCUCCCAUAUCGGCCGUACUUCCCCGUGCUUGCCCCGUGCCCGUGCCCGUGUUGCCCGCCCGUGUUCCCCGUGCCCGUGCCCAUGCUGCCCGCCCGUGUUCCCCGUGCUUGCCCCGUGCCCGUGGCCGUUCUGUCCGCCCGUGUUCCCCGUGCUUGCCCCAUGCCCAUGGCCGUUCUGUCCGCCCGUGUUCCCCGUGCUUGCCCCGUGCCUGUGGCCGUUCUGUCCGCCCGUGUUCCCCAUGCCCGUGCCCGUGCUGUCCGUACCCAGUCGUGCCCCACCCGUUCCACCCAUGCGUCCCGUGCUUCACGUGCUGCCCCCGAGCUUCCUGUGCUGCCCCCGUGCUUCCCAUGCUGCCCCGUUCUGCCGUGCUGCCCCAUUCUGCCCGUUCCAGCCCGUUCUGCCCGUGUUGCCCCAUUCAGCCCGUGUCCUGCCCAGUUCUGCCUGUGCUGCCCCGUUGUGCCCGUGUUGCCCCGUUCUGCCCUUGUUGCCCUGUUCUGCCCGUGUUGCCCCGUUCUGCACGUGUUGCCCCGUUCAGCAUGCGUCCUGCCCAGUUCUACCUGUGUCGUGCCCGUUCCCGUGCCGUGUUGCCCCGUUCAGCCCGUGUCCGGCCCCGUUCUGCCCUUGCUGCCCGUUCUGCCCGUGCUGCCCGUUCUGCCCGUGCUGCCCCUUUGUGCCCGUGUUGCCCCGUUUUGCUCGUGUUGCCCCGUUCUGCCCGUGUUGUCCCGUUCAGCCCGUGUCCCAUUUGUACCUGUGUCGUGCCCUUUCCCGUGUCGUGUUGCCCCAUUCAGCCCGUGUCCUACCCCGUUCUGCCUGUGCUGCCCGUUCUGCCCGUGCUGCCCCGUUGUGCCCGUGUUGCCCCGUUCAGCCUCCGGUGUCCUGCCCCGUUCUGCCCGUGCCCCACCCGUGCUGUCCGUACCCAUUCGUGCCCCACCCGUGCUGCCAGUUCUCGCCCGUACCCCACCCGGUCUGUGCUCCCGGUCUCGUGCUGCCCGUCACCCCCGUGCAGCCCGUCCCGUACAGCACCUAG